AUGAGAUUUGCCAUUUACCUUUUCUUUGUUUCUGUCUAUAUUCUAACUUCUUUCUCUUCUUCUUCAAACUUCUCUCUCACUUUCUUUUAUUCUCUUUCUUCCCUCAUUAUUGCUCCUUUCUUGCUUCACUUUUACUUCUCUUUCUUCCUUGCCUUUAUUCUUCUUUCUUUGCCUUUCUUGUACCUUUUUUUUUUUCCUCUUCAUUCUUUUUCCACAUUUUAUCAUAUUCUUCAACCUAUUCCCUCUUUACUUAUUUGUUUUCUUUCAGGUCGUCUUCUCUUUCUUUUUUUCCUUUUUUUUCUCUUUCUUCCUCUUCCUCUACUCUCUUUCACCAUCUUUUCUUCUUCCUUCACCUUUCCUAUUCUUUUCACCUCUUUCUUCUUUCAUGUACUUUUCUUUUAUAUUUUCACUUUUUUGUACACCUUUUCUUUUUCUCUUUUUGUCUCUCUUCUUUCAUAUUUUCUCUCUCUUUUUCUUUCUUCUUCCCCCUUUUAUUAUCUUUCUAAUUCUUUCACUUUUAUCCUUCCCCUUUUCCACUUUUCUUAUAUUUUCCAUCCCUUUUUCCUUCUCUUUCUUCCUAUUUCUUUCCUUCACCUUUCUGUUAUUCAUAAUUUUUAUUUUCCCUUCUCUCUUUUUCCUGCCUCUUGUUCUUUAUCUAUCUUCUUAUAUAUUCCUUUAUCUUCCUAUUUUUGUUAUCUCUGCCCCUUUUUUUCAUUUCUCUUUAUUCUUACUCUUUGUUUUCUUUCUUUUUCUAUUUUAUUCUAUCCAAUUUAUUUCUUCCUCAUCCUUUUCUUAAUUUUUCUUUCUCUCCUUUAUUCUUUUUGGCAUUAUUUUUCUUUCUCUAUCUUUUUUCUUUUGUCCACUCCUUCUAUUUCUUUCACACCUUUUCAUAUUCAUCACAUCUUUUUUCUUUCAUUAUCUUUUCUUCUCUCUCUUUUAUUUCUUAUUUUUCUUUCUUCUCCUUUUCUUAUCUUUACUUCCUCUUCUCUUUUUCCCCCCUUUUGUCUUCUCUUUCCUCUUCUUGAUUUUUCAUUUUGCUUUUACUUCUGUUUCCUUUUCCUUUCUUUCAUCUAUUGUUCCUUAUUGUCUUAUUUAUUUCCCUUUUAUUCUUUCUUUCUUUUGCAUUUUUUUUUUUAUCUUAUUCUUUUUUCUUUUUACCUCUUCCUCUUUCCUCAUUAA